UGAGGUUUUUGGCACACGACUGACACACGCUCAAUCAGGACCCAUCCAGAAUAGGUCUCUAAUUUACUUGAAUCAAAUCCAAAGUGAAUACAGCAAUCAAAACAAACCAUAAAAUCAUGGCUGUAUACACCGAUAUAACGACGGAAUAUUGUAGUAAGAUUUUGUCAGAAAAAAGAAAGGCCAAGAAACCUCUCAUGGAAAAGAUGAGAAGAGCCCGAAUCAACGACAGUCUGAACGAGCUCAAAACAUUAGUCCUGGAAUCUCUCAAUAAAGAUGCUGCGAGAUACUCCAAAAUGGAGAAAGCUGAUAUCUUGGAGAUGUCCGUCCAGUACUUAAAAGAAAUGAGACAACUAGAAAAGACCCAAAACGAAACGAGCCUCGCUGAAUACCAAGCUGGGUUCAAUUACUGCGCCCAAGAAGUCACCAAAAAACUUUCAAAUGUUGAAAGUCCCGGAUCGGAUAAUCUUCGAGCUGGUCUAAUGCAUCACUUAGCCUCCUGUUGCCAAGGAAACAUGGCCAAAUCUCCUGCACCUGUCCAUGUACCUAGCGCGUCGUCGACGCAAGGAUUUCCCGCCAAAAACCAAACAAUCCAGCCUAUGACACCAAUGUUCCUCUACCCAUCACCCCCACCGUCCCCACUCUACAUGUCACCUCCAGUCUCGCCGACGUUAUCUCAGGGAGUACUCCUUACUGAGAAAUAUCUUGCGCUAAACUCUAUACGAAACCAGAAAACCACCGAAGAUCGCAAGCCAAGUCAAGAAAAAUCACAAAAAUCGUCUGCUUCGACAAGCCAACAAUUUUGGAGGCCAUGGAAAUUAUAGACUAUUAUGAUCAAUUGAAGUAAAUUAUUUCCUAAAUGAACUGAA